AUUUUUGAGAAAUGUGCCCUUUUUUUCUUAUUUUUUGUUGUUGUUGUUGUUGCUGCUGCUGUAAUGUAACAAUCACAGUGGAAGUGAUAAAUAUGUCUCUUUCCUAGCCUCAGUAAUGUUCCUCAUUGGCCAUACUUUUAAAGCACCUCAAGUUAACACACUUGUGCUUAGAAGAGCAGUUUAUUCCUGUGGUGGAAAAUCAAAGCUUUAAUAUAUAUAUAUAUAUACACACACACACACACACACAUAAAUGACGUGGCUGUAUAGAAUCUUUGGAAAUAAAUUGUCUUCCAUUAACAUGUAUCUGGGAAAUUGUAUUUCUAGUGUCUAGGGAUUAUAAAUAAAGUGUUUAUGACGCGCAGGCGUAGUGUUCUAAGCGGAAGUAUUUACAGGAAACCAACAUCUUCUUGUAAAUUAAUGAUUUCUUACUCAACGAUUAAUUUAUACGACAUAACUGAACUAUAAUCACAGUUUUCGUAAACGAACAUGCCAAAGAAUAAAGGUAAGGGAGGUAAAAAUCGGCGACGUGGUAAGAAUGAGAAUGAGUCUGAGAAGAGAGAGCUGGUUUUCAAGGAGGAUGGUCAGGAAUAUGCUCAGGUGAUAAAGAUGCUGGGAAAUGGACGGCUAGAGGCCAUGUGCUUUGACGGUGUCAAACGGCUCUGCCACAUACGAGGAAAGCUCAGGAAAAAGUGGGCUUUAUACAUUUUCUUUACAGCCCAAGUAGUGAACAAAUUCUCAUGUCUCUUUAAGAUUUGGAUCAACACAUCUGACAUCAUUCUUGUUGGUCUUAGAGAUUACCAGGAUAACAAAGCAGAUGUAAUUUUGAAGUACAAUGCGGAUGAGGCCCGCAGUCUUAAAGCCUACGGAGAGCUUCCUGAACAUGCUAAAAUCAAUGAAACUGACACAUUUGGACCUGGAGACGAUGAUGAGAUUCAGUUUGAUGAUAUUGGAGAUGACGAUGAGGACAUUGAUGAUAUCUAAAUCAGAAGUGAGGAGUGCUGGUGGGCUAUAUUGUUUACACUGAGAAGAGACGACACUUCCUUGUUGAGACAAAUUGCCACUUGGGCCUUACUGAUGGCCUGCAUCCUACUGGAGCCUCCCGAGAAACACUCAAAGAGACUUAUUGCUUAUUUAUCGGUUUCUCUCUCACUCCACACAACACUCUCUCUACAAGGCUUCUCUGAGCAUUUGUCUUAUUGUUUUAUAGUAUAUAUAUUUUUUUAUGUAUUUAUAUUGUAUUCCACUGUAUGUGGUGUAAUUUAAAACUCGAAAUCAAAUAUUUAAAUAAAGUCAAGCCUUUUGUGUAUUUGGAAUUAACUUUAUUUCUUGCAGUGUAUAUUUAG